AUGUUCAAGCCCACACAGCCAAUGAUGGUGCGCUUGCGCUUGACCACCAAACAGGUCAAUGGGGGCUACUACAAGGGAAACCGGACCGGCUCCAUGGGUCACUUCGACAAGAGAGGCACAUACAGGCCUGAUCUGUCAAAGCACCGUGUUUAUAUGGCUGCGGAAAAGCUCGAAAUUCCUGGGAGGCAUUAUACUCCUGAGACUUCGAAGGAGCCAUUCACGCUUGCCCCCUUCGUCACAAAUCACAUGAAAAAAACACCGUCAAACUACGUCCAAGACAUUGAGAGAAGAGGCCGACGGGUUACCGUGAUCAGAGGAUUUGAGGGCAACGACUAUUUGGAGAAGUGGGCCGAGACCACCGAAGCCGAAGAGGCCCGACUACAACCAGCACCCGAGAAGACCAAGACAAUUGGGUCCAAACAGACCCAGCAGACUGAGAGGCAUGAGAAGACUGAGCAGAUUCUCAACCAAGAGCCGACCCGAACGCCCGAGACCCCUCAGCCCAAGUCCAGCAAGUUCCUUUUCUAG